AUGUGUGCAAAUAUCUGGACACAACUCCGCAGCUUCACAAUGGCAAAGAAAGUUAUAAUUGCGGCUAAUAGUUUGACCUUCUUCGGAGAAGAGUUAUCAAAUAAUUCUGAAUUCUUGAGUGCUGUGCUGGAUUAUCCAGAAGAUCUGAUCAUCACUGCAGAGGUCCUUCGCUUUACGCCAGACUUUUUGGCUCCGCUGCCAGUCGACUGCAUCGAAUUUUUCGUCGAUGCAAAUUCACCCAAGAACGAGUGGUCGGCACAAAAGAUAGUCCAAGUAAUUAUGGGAAUUUGGUUCGCGGCCGUUCACCAGCCAGCCCUCAGUAUAGUAUAUGCAUUGGAAGAUCUUCGUGAACAUCCAGAAUAUGUGGGACUGCUCAGAGCCGAGCUAGCGGAGAUGCUUUCGGCAAAUGAAGAAAAUCUUGAUUCGUUACUUCUACUCGACAGCUUUUUGAAAGAAUCCUCGCGCCACCACCCAUCAGACUCUAUUUCAGUCCGAAGGAAAGUUCUUCAGCCUUUCACUUUCUCGGACGGAACUUGUCUGCUUCCGGGAGACGUGGCUUGUAUACCAUUACAAGCCAUCAUGCGUGAUUCCACUUACUACUCGGAUAGCUUAACAUUCAACGCGUUCCGCUUCAUUGACGAGAAUAGAACCAAGAAUCUAUCGAAUUUCGUAGAUACAAGCUCGACGUACCCUCUCUGGGGCUUGGGAAAACAUGCCUGGUAA